AUGAGUAAUGGCGAGGAAGACAAAGAAAAUUCAGUUGUUGUUGAAAAAGUGGGAGGCAGAUCAUCAAUCACAAGCUGCUUAUCAAGAUAUCCCCUCAAAUUCAUCACACCCAAAAAGGUUGGUCCUUCCAAUAUUGAUGCAGUGUGGGUUUAUGUUCUCAAUUAUGGAGGUGGAAUUGUAUCGGGUGAUCGCAUUUCGUGCAAGUUUUCUGUUGGAGAUUCUUGCACCAUGGUGUUAACUACCCAAGGAUCUACUAAGGUCUAUAAAUCGGUGGAAUCUAAGUGUUCUCAUCAAAUAUUAGAGGCUAGAGUAGGAAGCAAUGCACUUUUGGCCAUCAUUCCAGAUCCUGUAACAUGUUUUUCCACUGCAAGAUAUUAUCAGAAACAAGUCUUCACCGUGUCUUUGGACUCAAAUUUGGUCAUUGUUGAUUGGAUUACUAGUGGGCGUCAUGAAAGUGGAGAAAAAUGGGAUUUUGAUCUGUAUAGAAGCACAAAUAAUAUAUUCUUUGAUGAUGGUCAACCUUUGUUUUUGGAUACGAUGUUACUAGAGAAAGACUCAUUUGGUCGUGUAAAGGAACACAUGUUGGACUACCAAGUAAUUGCAAUGAUUGUGCUCCUAGGGCCAAAGAUGCAGUAUAUCCAGAAUCUAGUGCAAGAUAACGUGAAAAGAAUUAUGACCGAGCAAUUACAGAAUCCUUUAGCUGCAUUGAGUCACCAAAAAAGCAAGGCUGACUUUUUCACGACAAAACCAACCUUGGUGGCUUCUUGCAGCGUGUUUGGUCCUAAGAAAAUUGGUCUUAUUGUUCGAGUGGCUUCCGUGACAACUGAGUCCGUUUACAACUUUCUUCAACAUCAGUUGGCUCCCUUGGAACCAUUGAUUGGAGUGCCUCCUUACAGGUAG